AUGCUAGAGAUGCUCUAACCUCCCCUGAUUCCACCGUCCUCCAACUCUUGCAGCGCCGCCGCCGGCCUCCGGCCUCCGGCCUGCUGCUCCGCACCUUCCGCCGGCCUCCGGCCUCCGACCUCCGGCCUCCGGCCUGCUGCUCCGCACCUUCCGCCGGCCUCCUCCCACGGAACCACCGUCGACCUCAUCCCGCACAUCAGCACGCGCCGUAGCCAGCCAUGGAUCCCCACGCACCCCCGCCGACCCUGGAUCCCCGGACCGCUGGCCAUGGUUCCCGCUCGUUGCCGACAUUGGAUUCCGAGCGCCGCCGUCGGGCCGGAGACCUUCACGUCCAACUGCCGACCGUGGCCUCCGCCGCCCCUGUCCAGCACCUCCACCAGGCGCCGCCAUGGGACAGGGCUCCCAUCAGGGAUCCAGCCGCUGUCAAAUGUAGUUCCCUUUCUUUCUUUCUUGGUUUGCUUUAUGUUGUUGAUUCCGAGAAAGAAAGAAGAACAAGAAAAGAUUUGCAAAAUAUGCAAAAGUUUGUUCCACAAUUCUGCAUCAAGAUGGAGGAUGAGCAAGCAUGGCCUCCAUAUAUACGAAUACGAGAGGGUAGCAGUAUCCUGGACUGAAGGCUACACUGACGAGAGUCAACUCUGUCCUGCUGCGGGCGUGGUCUUUGCUCUAGCAAAGCAUGUCUGCCUGGGCCUGGGCCUCCACUUGUGCAAUUAUUUGAUACACUGACGAGAGUCAACUCUGUCCUGCUGCGGGCGUGGUCUUUGCUCUAGCAAAGCAUGUCUGCCUGGGCCUGGGCCUCCACUUGUGCAAUUAUUUGAUACACUGACGAGAGUCAACUCUGUCCUGCUGCGGGCGUGGUCUUUGCUCUAGCAAAGCAUGUCUGCCUGGGCCUGGGCCUCCACUUGUGCAAUUCUUUGACAUUCUUCUGUCCUCUCAUGGGGGCCCUGUCCGCUACCUUCUUGUCUUUUGUUACGAGGGAUACACAGAUUCACGAAAAGUUAUGCAGAAGUUCAAAUUCAAAA